GUUUGCACGAUGAUGUUUGCACGGUAUAAAACCCAUUGGCUCACUCGCCAACAGGUAUCAGUGCUACCAUCGUUAGUCAACCAGUGCUCACUACUCCGCCAUGAAGUUCAUUAUCUUCGUUGCUCUGAUCGCCUUCGCAGCUGCUGACAAUGCGUACAAAACUGCCAAAACAUACGAAGACCCAGUUGUAACCUACCCACCGAGACCUUACAGCUUUGGUUAUGACGUCAAAGAUAAGGAUUCCUACGCUGAUUUUGUUCACUCGGAGAGCAGCGACGCUAAGGUGACCACCGGAUCUUACCGUGUUGAGCUCCCAGACGGCCGAACACAAAUCGUUUCGUACCGGGCUGAUGAAAGUGGAUACACUGCCGAUGUUAAAUACGAAGGAGAAGCUCAGUAUCCUGAAUACAAGGAGCCUGAAGCUCCAGCUGCGAAAACGCAGAAAUAUUAGGCACCUGCCGUUCUUAUAUUGUGUUCCCUGACUGUAACUAUUCAAUUAACAUUGUGAACGAAACAUAUCCGAUGGAGAAACGUAAUAAAAUAUGUAAAAACUAAAAA